UAACUCUUUCUCUCUCUCAAGAAAAAGAUGGCGAACUACGACAAAAUGCAAGAAAUAAAAGAGUUUGACAAUUCAAAGAUGGGCGUCAAAGGACUAUCAGAUUCCGGCACCGUCACCAUUCCAAAAUUCUUCAUCCACUCGCCGGAAAUUCUCUCCGACCUCAAACCUUCCCCAAACAAGACCGUUUCGAUCCCGGUCAUCGAUCUCUCUAGUGUGUCCGACCGCCGGGAAGACAUCGUGAAACAAGUGAGAGAGGCCGCCGGCGACUGGGGAUUCUUUCAGGUUAUAAACCAUGGCGUGCCCGUUUCAGUCCUUGAUGAAACCAUCGCCGCCGUGAAAGCCUUUCAUGAGUUGCCGGCGGUGGAAAAAGCCCAAUUUUACCGGCGGGAAGAAGGCAAAGGAGUCAUGUAUACUAGUAAUAAUGACUUGUAUCGAAGUCAAGCGGCGGCCUGGCAUGACUCCCUUCAGGUUUGGAUGGGUCCAGUAGCAGCCCCAACGGAGGAAAUACCUACAAUAUGUCGAAAGGAGUUGGUUGAGUGGGACUCGCACUCAAAGAAAGUGGCCGAGCAAGUAAUGGAGUUGUUGAGUGAAGGAUUAGGAUUGGUUUCGAACCGGUUCAAAGAGUUAACAUUUGCCGAGAGCAGGGCCAUGGUGGGUCAUAUUUAUCCCUAUUGCCCGCAACCAGAUCUAACAGUGGGGAUUACACCACAUACAGAUCCCGGAAUCUUAACCGUUCUCUUGGUGAAUCAAAUUGGUGGUUUGCAAGUUAAGCAUGGUGAUGAUGGAUGGGUUGAUGUCAAGCCUUUGCAUGGUGCUUUGAUCAUUAACAUUGGAGACUUCCUACAAAUAGUGUCAAAUGGUGAAUACAAAAGUGUGCAACAUAGAGUACUAGCUAACUCUUUCAAGGAACCAAGGAUUUCGAUAGUUGAGUUCUUUAACCUUGCCAAAUGGAGAGAUUCCGACGACUAUGGACCUUUGCCGGAGCUUUUAACUGACGAGAAACGUGCCAUUUAUAGGGAUUUCACUCAACAAGAGUUCAUUCAAAACUUCUAUGGAAAAGGGCUUGAUAGUAAGUCUCUUAUUGACAAGAUUACAAUCGCGUAAAAUUCUUGUUCUUUCUUAUUUCUCUAAAUUUCUAUAAAUGUAAUAAAUAAUUGUAGAGUGGUUUCUAUUUGGCUUCAUUCUAUUUGAAACCAUGAUGUCACCUACAUUAACAAAAAUGGUUGUUGAGUCUU